AUGGGUCGCUCUCGUGUGCUGUCAUUUCUAUCCUCUCUUGGAGGAUCGUCCCGUAAAACAAGUCCCGAAAGAGGUGACCGAACGGCUUCAGCAUACGGUCCUUCGUCAAGAUUCGAGACGCCUUCCCCAGACACACCUUCUCCGCACGAUGGCCCCUCAUCAAAAGCUGAACGGCGCGCGUCGCGGCCGGGCUCAACAGUCUUUUCACACAAUCCGCCAUUCAUGCAGCUCGCAGAGGACACUCCUGCUGAAUUGCAGCGUAUAUUUUCCUAUAUGAAUAGCCAUGCAAACAAAUUAUACUACGAGGGCUACUUCCUGAAACUGAACGACCUGGAUACCAAUGGUCGACCAUGUGCUGACCGACAAUGGGUGGAAUGCUAUGCACAACUUGUCGGGACAGUCUUAUCCCUAUGGGACGCCGCCGCGCUGGACGCGGCAGGCGAUGCGGCGGCCGAAGUUCCUGCAACUUUCAUUAAUCUCGCGGAUGCGUCGAUUAAAUCGAUCGAAAAUCUCCCUACGCAAAACCAGGCCGGCGCACAGUCUCUCCAGAAUGUCUUGAGCGUCUGCUCCGCCGGUCAGAACCGAUACCUCCUGCACUUCGACUCUUACGACUCUUUGAUGCACUGGGCUGCAGCAAUCCGCCUGGCGAUGUACGAACACACGUGUCUCUACGAAGCGUACACCGGCUCCAUCAUUGCCGCGAAGGGCAGAGAACUGAACAAUAUCAGAGCCAUUUUGGAGCGCAACCGAUUCAAACAUGAAGACUGGGCCCGAGUGCGAUUUGGAGCUGGAACCCCUUGGAGGCGUUGCUGGUUUGUGAUCACUCCGCCAGAUGAGAAACAGCUGCAAAAGGCAAAGAAAACCAUGAAGAAGAAAUCAGCAUAUGACCGGGCCCCGAGGCUGGUAAUCGGAAACAUUAAGUUCUAUGAAACGAAGAAGACGAAGAAGGUGAAGCCUAUAGCGACAGUCACGGACGCCUAUUGCGCAUACGCCAUCUAUCCCCAAUCCAAGGCCUUGAUCGACCAGUCCACACUGAUUAAGAUUGAAGGGAACUUUGUCCUACAUUCACAAUCAGAGUCCAAAGUGGAGGGGUUCGUUUUCGUCAUGCCGGAGGUCCAUCCUGCCGUGAGCGGUUUCGAAAUCAUGCUUCAGUUUUUGAUGCCGACUUUUGACACCUUCAAUCUCUACGGGCGCCCAACUCGACUCAUUGCUGCGGUAAACCACAUCAAGAGCAUCAUGUUCGCAUUUCCGGACCAAGAACGAUAUGACUAUCUGGAAAUCAUGGAUAUCGUGAAUCUACUGCGGACCUCUGGGUCGCAGAACUGGACUGAGGCUGAGUGGAGGAAGCAGCUCAAGGAUGCAACCGCACGUCGAAUGGCAGAUGCCAAUAGCCGAACAAGUAGCAUCUCAAGCAGGCCUCGUUUCCGCGCCAGUCUCCCGAGCCGGUACAGCCAAGUCCCAUCGGCGCCGUCUUCGCGCAAGGGACCUUUCCCAGAAUACAUGUCCACGUUUAACCAGUCAGUGGAUGCUGUGGUGCAGCAGGUGCCCCCAGAGGAUUCAUUCACACCGGCGCCACACUCACGAAGCAUGUCCGAUACAGCGAGAUUUGCUCCCAAACCCUUCCAGGGACCCGCAAUGAUGGAAGAUUCUCCCGCGUCUUCCGCCCAAGACUUGACAGGAAGCCCUGCCGUUGGCAGCUCUCCUACCCGAAGCAGCUCCGAGGAUGAACAGAAUCCGUAUUUUGAGCAAGGACCAUAUGUGAAUCCCGCUCAGGUACAACAAGUGCCUCCGGGUGUUGCGCCGCCACCCACCCUGAUCCACGACCCUAUUGCAAGGCCUCCUACCAGACCCCAGCCCUCGGCGGACGCCCGAAGAGCCAACGUCCGCAUGUCCGAUUCAACCCUCGCGCAACUAGUUGCCGCCGGCGGCAUGAACCUGGCCGAUCGACCCUCUACAUCAGCGAGCAGCAGUGACUACACCAAUAGUAGCAGCCCCGUACCGCCGGGCUCGUCGCACGGGAAUGCUGGCAUUCCGACUUUUACCGCUAACCAACCAAUUGAAACACAAGAACAGGGCCCGCCAGUGCCUGAACAUAACUUCGGGGUUAGCGGUUCACUGCCAGCUCCUAAGGCAAACCGAUUGAGCACUCAGACCAUCACCAUCGAUAUUGAAAAGGCCGUCAAGCGAAAGCCGCUCAGUCGGGCCCCAUCGCAAGUAGUAAGCCCACAAGGCUCAAUCGGCGAGCCAAGUUUCGAUGAUCUUCGUCAUACUGUCGAUGAGGAUGCCAUGAACCUAAUUGGUAUCGUCAGUCAACCCACUUAUACUGCGGCAUAUUCUGUACCGAAAAAGUCAGCACCUCUGGAAGAAGAAAGUGUUUAUGAUGACGACGUUUCCACCGCGUCCCCAGACUAUGCUAGCACAGGUGGGUCUUUAUACAGCAAGGACUCUGUCAAGUCGAUACCCAAGCGGAUGGGAGUCAGAAAGACUGUGGGAUCGGGCCCUGAACCGAAGGAUGUGGUUAUUGGCGACGCGCGCUACAGUAAGGAAAACAAGCCGGAACAUAACCCUGACAUCCCCGCGAUUGACUUUGGUCCAACUUUGACCUACCUACCCACUACCAGCGGUCCGAACGCCACUGGCCGUCCGAAUACAUCGGACACGCUGAAAAAGUUUGGGCACCACAGGAGUGAUUCUGAGGCUACAGAGAGGCAGCGAUAUUCCCUGCCUGCGCGUCAGAACGACCGCAACCAAUCGAGGUCACCAAGUCGGGACGAAUAUCGACGCAGUGUUUUGUGGCAACCCGCUGCCCCUCGCCCCAUAACUCCCGGCGGUGGUCUCACGCCAGAACAAUUCGUGCAACAGCGGGCAGCUCCUAGCCCACCGGUCCAUCCUCACCGUCGAUCCCCUUCUACCUCGACGGCAACACCAACCCCUCGACCGGUGUCCGGUGACUGGGCGGCUCAUACCAGGUCACAGUCACAAAUGAGCAUGGGCCGACCCAAAUCGCGCGGCGCCAGCAGCAUGUUUAAUUUUACUGAUGUCUCGCCACAUCUUUCCGCCCGCGAGCAAGAGCAUGUGGCUCGUAUGACCGGCUCAUCGUUCUUCAAUCUAUCCGGCGAUAAACAAAAGACGCCACCUCCCGUCAACCCAAUGGGCUUGGUUGGAGCAAUUGAUGCCCGAGAGCAAGAGAAGAGGUUGAUGAAAGAAGGCAUGUCAAACCAGAUGGUGCAACAUGCGAUUGCGCAGCGUCAGCACCAGUGGCAACAACAGCCGCAGCAGACGCAGCAGACGCAGCAGAUGGCGCCAGCAACUCCUGCUCAUUCAUAUGGUGUUCAAGCCGGAUCCAGUGACUCUUAUAACAUGCCUACGGCAAGCCGUACAUGGGAUGCUCUGAAUCAACCAUAUCGCCCCGAGGAACCUCGGCGUCAGUCUUGGUUCAGCCAGUUCCCCUCGCAGCCUCAGCAGUCGAGUCCCGCCAUGUACCAGACAAAUCAACACAAUCCGCAGACCCAAUUUGGGACAAACGCGACAUACUAUUGA